AUGUUGUGACUUCGUACAGGUAAAGACACCAUAUAAAUAUGGUGGCAGGGGAUUUCCUCAACAGUUUUUACUCGGUUAUUCGCGUGUCAACAUGAAAGUGUUAGUGGCAGUGUUUGUUCUGGUCGCUGUACUCAGUUUGAGUUAUGGGCAACCAGAUCGAUGCAAAGCUCCGAUAGACGAUCGUGUUUGUUUUGGAUUUCGCGGAUACUAUGCCUACGAUCUUCCCAAUAACAAAUGUAUAGAAUUACGCUUCGGCGGUUGUUACGAAGGACCGAACGACUUCAAAUCUAAGGCAGAAUGUGAAAGUACCUGUGUCAAAAAAUAAGACAAUAAAAAAAUAACAUCUUUUUUUGUCUAUAGAUUUAAUUUAUUUUUUGAAGUAAGAACUAAAAUUUGUGUAACAUAAUAUUCCAGACAAAUUAUCACAUUGAAGACUAGGCAGCAUGGUCUCCGACCUUAGCCUGUUCCACAACGGAACAAAAGUACUAGAAAAAAAAAAUUGUGUAAUUUUUAUCUGUUGAUAUUCGAAUCAAACUGUGCGAAGCGUUAGUGUUGUCUAAGUUUAAUUACGCUGAUAAUGUGUUUGGGGAGUGCCUUUUAGCUCGAACUAAGAAAAUGAUACAACGUAUCCAAAACGCAUGUGCUCGAUUUUGCUUUCCUAUUGCUCGUCGUGCUCAUAUCACUCCCUUUUUGGAACAGAAUAACUUGUUAAAUAUGACAGCACGUCGAAAUUUACAUUUUGCUUCAUUGCUUUUUGGCGUAAUACACAGUAAAAAGCCCUCAUAUCUGUAUGAUAAAUUAAAUUUUUCAAAGCGUAACAUAAGAAUAAAUUCUCUUUUACUUUGUCCACGAUACAGAACAGCUGUUUUUCGUGGUAGCUUUACGCUGCUACGAAAUGCUGGAACAAUCUUCCACCGCCAGUUAGGAACGCCAAAUCAUUAUUCACCUUUAAAAAACUAUACAAGAAUUAUCUAUGUACUAUUUAACCUAUAAAUCUUACGGCAAAGUAGUUGUAUAUAUAUGUUUAAUGUUUAUAUUUAUUAAUGUUAUUUUAUUCUAUUUUGUUCUUUCUAGUAUAUGUAAUUGGUUUGUAUUUAUUAGUUGUAAUUUUGUUUUAAUUAUUAUCAUGAAUAUUAUAAAUAGUGCCCUCUCUCUCCCCCCCUUUUAUAUAUAUAUUUUUGGUGCCACUGAAAACCAGCUGUAUGUUCACCUAGGACAUACAUUAAAGCUGAGUGGAGCCAUUUCAGUGCAUUUUUGGAUGUAAAAAUGAUUAUUUUAUGUUAAUUUUUAAUUAUGGUAAAUUAAGUUUAAUUAUAUGUACAUUUUAUUUGCUCAUUUUUUUUUUCUCGUUUGUUGUUUAUAUUGUAUUUUUUACAUUGCACUGAAUAAAAUAUUUUUCUUUCUUUCUUUCUUUAACUUUAUUAUAUUGUAACUAUUUAAAUGCCUUAAAUUGCCUAUUCGUAAUAAAUAAUACAAUGAACUGUAUUUUAAUGAAUAAAUGAAUUAUUAUUGCUUA